GUGGUCCCUGCGGAUAUUCUUCUCUAUCCUUCUACUUACUCGCCGUCCAUUAUCGAUCGCAGGGAGAGUAUAGGGAACGCUGCACCAGCCGGCCAGUGGGCCUACUAUGUCAGAGACUCGUGCGUCCUAUAUCCUGCUAGGAAACAUACUUCCGUUCCUGUUGGCAACCAUAUUCUACUUUGGAAGAGUCUAUAGUCGAGCAUUGAUCUUACGCACAUUUGGAUGGGAUGAUUGGCUCUUGACAGCGGGUUGGGCUGCUGCCCUAGCCAACUGUAUCAUGGCCUGCCUGCUCACCAGCUUUGGCGGUGGUAUGCACGAAUCCCAUGUACCGUCUACCGCCAUCGAGCCGUCGCUCAAACUCCUAUAUGGUACGCUGAUCGCUUAUCAAUUUUCGCUAUGCUUCACGAAGCUAUCGCUCUGUGCAUUAUACCUCAAGGUCUUUACAACAAGCCGGUCCAGUCGUGUCUUCUUGUACAGCGUUUUCGGACUCGUGGUGGUGGCUACCAUCAUCCUUGAGUGCAUCUCUAUAUUUCAAUGCACCCCUGUACAGGGCGUCUGGGACAUCAACAUACACAAGAAGUGUAUCGACACUAUUCCGGCGUUCUAUGCUUCAACGGUAGAAAGUGUUCUCGUGGACGUACUUCUCAUAGCAUUUGCAGCUCCGAAGAUCAUAAGACUCAAUCUUCAUGCUCGCCAGAAGUACGCUCUUCUUUUCACUGUCUGCCUCGGUGCUGUUCCCAUCAUCGCCAGUAUCGUCCGAGCAGUACGAGUUAGCAACAUUCUACACGCCGAGGACAAAACCUGGGUUUCCUUCGACUCUUCAAUCUGGAGUGCCGUGGACGCCAAUGUAUCUAUCAUCUGUGCAUCCGUACCAUCUCUCAAACCUCUGCUCAGACAGAUUGCACCCGGCUUUAUGGGAUCCACAUUCGGUACAUCUGCACCAGAAACAAGCGGUCAAUACGUCAACACCAGGAAAUCAUGGCUUGAAAGGUCUCACGGGGCCAGAGGAUAUGAGUUGCAUAGCGUAUCACAAUCAGGCGUUCAUAACGGCAGUCAACUGGAACUUGCCAAUAACGCUGGAAAGAACGACUGGACGAUCAAGAACGGUGCCAAUGAUGAUGAUGAUGCAAUGAGCGAAGAGAGCAUACACGCAGGCCCUCAAAUCACAAAAAGUGUCACCGUUGCGAUCACAAGAGUUGAACCGAAUUCGACAUGAUUUACUCAACUUACGACGACACGACUAUAUAAUUCUGUACAAUGUCUCAUGGAGUUUUGUAAUUAAAUAAGUAAUUGCCAAUGUUCUUGCGGCUCGAUCGCCUCUCCCG